GGUCCACUUUACUUUGUUCUUAAGUCUCUCCAUUUACGUAAGCAACACAAAUCCACAAAAUAUAAGUGAAGAACGUUCUAUUUCGUCCAUCCUCCUCGCUAAUUCGUACCAUCGUCAUCAGGACAGCUCCGAUCUAAGCUAGUAUUAUGGCUGACACCACGGCAAAGGAAGCUAAAAUCUCGAUAAAAGUAAUAAUAGACAAAGUGAAUAGGAGAGUGGUGUAUGCUGAAGCUGACCACACAUUUGUUGACAUUCUAUUCUGCUUCAUGACACUACCAUUGGGAACAAUUGUCAGGCUCUUAGGGAAACUUGAUGAUAAAAAGUAUGAGGGUUUUGGGAGCUUGAAAAAUGUGUACCAGAGUCUGGAGGAUUUUCCCGAGUGUUACCUAUCGACAGAAGAAUGCAAACACAUGCUUCUUAACCCAAGAAGUCUGUCAAUUGAUCACUGCAGAAAUCUUAAACUGCAAAUAGAUGACACAGAGCCCUUGAAAUACUUUAAAUGUGCUGCAUGUGCCGAUUACUCUUCCUAUCAACCAAUAUUCAGCACUUGUACCAAAGCUAAAUGCCCGAAAUGUGGCAAGUUGAUGACUUCGGAAGUAACUGGAUCAAUCCAGCAGGCCAAAGUUUGUGUUAGUGGUGGUGGUGUGUUUGUUUCCGAUAUUGUUACUUUUAUUGUAACCGACGAUCUUUGUGUGAUGCCUUAUACUUCUGCAAGUAGCAUUCAGUUGGUGACACGUCUUGGAAUUAGUGACAAGAGCUGUUUAGAGGAAAUCAAAUUAGAUAUGGGCUGUGAGGAGAUUCUUCAUCUUUUAAAGAUGGCACUAUCACUCGAUUCUGUGUUCACAUAUUUAGUUUUCCAUAGGGUUGAACCGAUCCGAGAUAUACUUAUUCCUGGCCAAAGCGGUACUCUUGAUCAAAUUGAUUUAACGGAAAAAGAAGAAUCAUCGAGUUCAAAGAUUCAUCUAGAAGUAACCUUGCAAAAUUCAACUGGUAAGCUUCUAUUUGCAGAAGCCCAAGAAGAUUUUAUUGAUUUUCUCUUCGGGUUUUUAUCAAUUCCUUUAGGAACGGUGGUUGGGGAACUGAUGAAAGGGGUUUCUUCGCUAACUUGUAUGGAUAAUAUUUUCAAGAGUAUAUCAAACAUGAGUGUAGGAAGAUACCUUAAGUCACAAGAAAUAAAGGAUAUGCUACUUAAAGCUCAUAUCGGUCAGCAGUAUUCUUCAAAACACCAGGUUUUUCGGUUGGAAGGCAUCCCAUUACUAUGGAGUUCUAAGUAUCAUAAAGAUCCGAGGAUAGACAGGGGACUACUAAAACAAUCUGGAAUGUUUAUUGUGACAAAUGAUUUGAUCAUAACCCCAUCCUCGUCAUAUUCAACUUUGAAUACUCUAAACGAUUUGAAAGUCUCGUUUUUUGAUAUUAAGAGAGAGGAGAUUAGCAUUGGCUUAACUGAGGGCUUAAAAAUUUUAAAAGCUUCGCUUAAAUCUCACUCGACUCUGACUGAUAGCCUUGAGCAUCUACUAAAAAUGUGAAGAAUGGAAUUUUCAUGUGUUGUGUGGGGUUUUUUUUUUUUUUUUUUUUUUUUUUUUUUUUUUUGUUACAAUGCGUUCUUUGUUUUCCCAUAACAUUAUCUGUUAAACUUGGCUGUUAAAUUGAUGCGGGCCCAAGUGUGCAGGAACGGGCUAUUUUGUAUUUGGAGGCCUAAAAUCGCGUAACAAAAGGGGAUUCACUAAAAUG